CUCAGGUGAAUUGAGUGUUCGUUUAUUCACGGUUUCAAGAGGGAUCUGUUAAGAUGACAUACUGUGUUCUAUCUCUAUUCUUGGGGUUUCUGUUUAUUCCUGCCCCAGGGUGUCUGUCUGCCCAAGGUGUUUUUCCCAGUGGCAGCUGUGACGGCUACCUUAAUAUAUCUGAACCACACCGUAACUUAGCCUUCACAAGCACGGAGUUCCCUGGCUUCCCUGAAGAUGAUGGUGGUCUACUGAAUAAAUGGUGGCGUUUCGUUGGGAUUGGAGGAGACCAAAUUAUCAGAACAUGUGUUGCAAUGGAUCUGGGAGGCACACAUUAUCCCCAGUAUCUGAACUUCGUCCCUCCCAAAUCUCAGUCUGAAUCAUCAACAGUGGGUACUACAUGUGGAUCUAGAUACCCACAUUCUGGGAACUGUUGUAAUGCUGUAAACCAUAUUGAAAUGGUGCUCUGUCCAGGAGGAUUCUAUGUGUUUAAGCCAACUCAGUACAGCUACAGUUACAUGGCUUUUGUGAUCUUUCACAGUAACUGCACUGAAGACUCCUGCGGUCCUUUAGCCCAGUGCACAGCUAACGGGGGUUGUGUUUGUGUUUCGGGCUACAAAAUUCCCCCAACCUACAAACCUACAAAUGAGUCCUAUGGCUGUCAAGACAUAGAUGAAUGUGUGGAUACCACUUCAGCAUGUGGCUCUUAUUCCAACUGCACCAACACACCUGGAAAAUAUAGCUGUGUUUGUCUGCAGGGAUACACACCUAGCAACCCCUUGUUAGAGCCAAGCAACUCCAACGCCUGCCAAGAUAUAGAUGAGUGUUCCACUGGCAUCUGUAGCACGAAUGGAAUGUGUAAAAACAACAUCGGGAGUUACAUCUGUUCCUGCAAUGAUGGCUACAGGAUCAAUGAAAACAUCACAGAAUGUCUAGAUGUUGACGAGUGUUUCAACUCAACCAUCUGUGGCCCAGACUCCAUCUGUACCAACACACCUGGAGCCUAUAGCUGUGCCUGUCUACAGGGAUACAUACCUACCAACCUAGAAGAAGAACCAAGCAAGACCAACAUCUGCCAAGACCUUGAUGAAUGUGUGGCAAACACCACCAUCUGUGGUCCCGAUGCCAACUGCACCAACUCUGUUGGGGCAUACAGCUGUACCUGUACCUUUGGUUUCCGUAAGACCAACCCAGACUUUAUAUCUAGCAUCUGGAACCCAUGCCUAGACAUAGAUGAGUGUGGUGAGACCCCAGGCCUAUGUGGUCAAGCUUCUAUGUGUGAUAACGUUCCUGGAACCUUCUAUUGUUCCUGUCAGGAUGGAUACUUCCCCUCCACCGGACUCAUGUGGGAGAUGGACAUUUCAGUGUGUCAAAGUGUUCAGGAUAUUCUGGACCAUCUGAAUCCGCCAGACGGCCAGACUAAGGAGACAUACUUCCUCAAUAAUAUGGACCAAGACCUGAAAAACAACUCUGAUACCAUCCUACCAACCGGGACAGUGACUAACGGCUUCUCUGCUACCCUGGAGGUGUCUGGAAUUAAGGAUGACUCCAAGAAAAGUCAGACAGCGAGUGUAUCUGUAAAAGCGAACACUGGCAGUUUGAUCCUAGGGAUCUCAGAGCGUCUGGUGUCUGCCUUGGUGGAUCCAACCCGGAACCAGACCAACAUAACACUAACAACAAACGAAAUAGAUAUCAGUCUUCAAGCUGUUGGGCCUGAAACUGAAGGAGGGGAUAACACAACUCUCUCAGCCAAGGGAAACACCAUGAUGAUCAACCUGCAGGCUGUGGCCCAAAACAACAACGGUUCGGCGGCAGCAGUCUUCAUGACCAUCAACAGGAUGGAGAGUCUCCUGGGCCACAGCUUCUUUGAGACUGAGAACCAGACAGAGAUGUACUCUGAUGUCAUCACUGCCACCCUGCCCAAAACAAAUAACACCCAGCUCUCCCAGCCGGUCAACUUCACCAUCCAACACAAGAGGAGGUUGUCUGACUCAGACUUGGUGACCUGUGUAUACUGGGAGAAGAAGAGUGUAGAGAAAGAGGGAAUUGCUGGAGGAGAGGAGAUGAAAAUGUUCUGGUCAGUGGAGGGCUGCUGGGUCGCAUUCUCUGAUGAGAACUACACAGUGUGUAGCUGCUCUCAUCUCUCCACAUUUGCCCUCAUCCUGCAAACUGGGAAGGUGGCCGUGGAAGAUCCGUUUAUAGAGUGGGUGAACAAAGUCUGUGUUUGUAUUGGCCUGGUCUUUCUUGCUCUGGCCAUCCUGACCUUCCUACUGUGCAGCUGGAACCCCAAGAUCAACAACACAGCCCGCCUUCACCUCUGUAUCUGUCUCUUCUUGACCCAUCUGCUGCUGCUGUUGGACGAGGCCUAUGUUGAUUCCAAGCUGAUCUGCAAGGCCAUGGCCGGGCUUCUGCACUUCCUGGUGGUGGCCAGCUUUGUGUGGAUGCUGCUAGAGGCCCUACAGCUCUACCUGCUGGUCAGGAUGCUCUCCAGGGUACAGGUCAUCCAAAGGGACGGCCUUCCCAGGCCAUACCUCUACCUUAUUGGCUAUGGCGUUCCAACAGUGAUAGUUGGCGUGUCUGCAUGGGUCAAUUCUGGUGGAUAUGGUACUCCUACAAAGUGCUGGCUGUCAAAUGAGAAGAACUUUUCAUGGGCAUUGACUGGACCAGUGAUUGCUGUCCUUGCUAUGAACUGGAUCUUGUUUUGUGUUACACUCUGGAGUUUACGACCCACUUUGGUCAGCAUGAGGAGCGAUGUCUCCCAGUCCAAAGACACCAGACUGAUAGUCUUCAAGAUUUUGGCCCAGUUUGUCAUAUUGGGCUGUACCUGGAUCCUGGGCUUCUACCAGACAAGCACGAUCUCCCAGUACCUCUUCAUCCUCCUUAACUCCCAGCAGGGCACCUUCCUCUACAUCGUUCACUGUCUUUUCAACAAAGAGGUGCGAGAGGAGUACUACAGGUUCAUCACAUGCUCAUCCGGCUCUGCCAGCACCCAUGGUUCUGUGAAAGAAACACCCUCAACCUCUGAAGACUUGGACAAGACAGGGGAAAAGAAAGACGCAGGAAAGGACUAAAUCCAUAGAAGAUGAGAUCAAGAGAGACUUGCAUGUUUGAUAUAUUUACCCUUGCUUUUGUGUAAUUGAUGUACUUGCAUGUAUUUGCUUAACUGAAAUGUGUUAAUAGUUUACCAGCAAAUACAUAAAUUGUGUCACACUGCAGUAGAAUAUGUUUUAGAUGUAUGGUCUGUCUGAAGGUUUUGUUCCAUAAUUUUAUGUAUUUAUGUUUGCAAAAGAGAUCUUAUUAAACACAAUUUAUGUGGAUGACAAUCAUGACAUUGUCGGGUAUGUGGACCAGGGGAAAGUCACACCUCCACAUUCAGCAAUAUCACCAACGCAUGUCUGCUAAAUUAAUACAUGUAUCAUAAUCAAUGAUGGGGAAUUUCCCACAGAUCUUAUUUAUGCUCUUCAACUCGGCCUAUAACUGGACACUGUAACCACUAGGAAGUGUAUUAGCAUGGCAUUAUCUUCUUUAUUGACAAUUACAAGUCUAAGACAGAAAUAUUUCCCAGGUUGCAACAUAUUUUCAACCAGUUAAUAUCUAAUACUUGGCUUCCUCAAUGUUUUGAUUCUUUCACAAACAUAAAAUUUGCAUAGGAGAGAUGACCUGAAGCAAAGGUUGAUGGUUAAAACAAUCUCGAUUUGCUAUCCUUAUCUUUAACUACUCGUCUUAUCCACUGUUGCUAAUUAAUAUAAUUUUUUUUAUAACAGAAUUGUGGAGCCAAUAGAAAAAUUCAAGUGCUUUUGCCCGGUACUGAUCAAAAUGCAAUGGAUAUCCAUGCCCACAAAUGUGAGCCAAGUUGUUUCUCUCUGGAUUCUCAGAGCAGUGAUAGUAGCUCACAAGAUAGAGUUGUGCAAUAUCACCUGAAGUGUUGAAUCUCAUUAAUUUAUGGUGACCAAAUCCACUAGAAAUAUUGUCGUAGUUAGAAAAGAGUCUCGUCUCUG